CAACACAGCCACCACUGCCAUGCGCCUUCCCCGACGCGUGCCAUGGGCACAUACCAGCGAACUAGAACAGGUCUGUGCGUGGAUUUUUGCAGACAGGGACGAUGUAGAAUCAAAAAUAUUGGCUGUUAACAGGUUGUCUGCCUGGAAGGCGAUCACUGCACUUCCUCAUGCCCUGGAAUCCACCCUGGCCAUACUGGUCGUGCAGCUCCAGGACAGUCCGUCCCAGUCUUCAUUUGCUGCUCUGAACCUUCGUCUCGCCUAUGCGUCCACAAUCAUACGCAUGGUGAAUGGCCUGGUCGACCCCCUGCAAGUAGGAGCAUUCGCAAGGUCUAUAGCGUCCAUAGCUGCUCAGCUUGGUCUGCCAUCUUGGCUCGUUGAACUCAGACAUGCAGCUACCCACGAAGACCUGCCCAGCCUUGAACUGCUUAGAGAAGCAGCUCGAGAGUCUCUCUCGUGGCUUUUCCACAACUACUUUCAGCCCACGUUGAAUCCCUCCGCCCCUCCGCCUCCUUCGGCUGCCCUGCGACCGAUUACGCCACUGCUAAGGGCAUACAAGCAACUUAUGAAAGCUGUGACGCGGGACGCAUCAUUGCGCAAACGACAGCAGGGUGACAUUGACGCUAUCAUACGUGACAUCGAACGGUGGAUAGCGGAAGCGAUGGUAUCAGCGGACCUCGUCAACGACGCCGUCACAUGGGGGUUUGACGAAUAUAGAGAAAGCUAUCGAGGCAGUGCCAACUUGAAGGAGAGAGCUGCCUUGGAACCUCUUUGUGACGCACUUUUCGAUGUAGGCGCUCUGGUUCCCUUAGCCAAGAAAAAGAGACAUGCUCCUAUGGACCCAUUCCUUCCAACAGCAUCCUCAAAAGCGGUAUGGGCUCCACUGCUCAAUAAACUUCGAUCGCAUCACCCAGUCUUGCCGUCGGUGUUUAUAAAUCGCGCAGUCUACUCAUUACUGGGAAACUGGCUGCAGCCAGAUCCAGGAACGAUAGCGAUCGAAAUAGAGGUUGAAGACUCGCCAAGAGAUAUCACUUAUGACGAAUACCUUGCGAGAUGGGUUGUCUGGGCGAUCCAGACUUGGGAAGAAACAUCCGAUGGCGAGAACCAGCUGAGGAAAGAACUCCUCCUUGCACUCUCACCGUCUCUCGUACCCGGAAAGUUCGCAUCACCUGACAAAACUACAAUUCUAACCACGCUGCUACGAAGUGUCACUUCCGGCGACAAGGAGUUGGAGAGUGUUGCCGACCUCAUUUUCGUUGCUACAAAGAAUGUUUCAGCGGAGACAUGGAAUUUAAGCAAUCUCGCACAAAUGGAUCAUCGUCUUGAAAUUCUGUCCUCGUUCGACAUUACCAUGGAGGACGAGGGCGAAAUAGACCCAGCUUCGCCCAACGUCAACCGUACAAAUCUUCCAGAAGCCCAAUCCCCAGGUUGGACGCUACUAGACGUCAGAAGCGGAUGGAAAUCAUGCCCCAUCGGUGUGUAUUAUCAAAAAAGAGGGGUAGUAGAGGAUGUCCCAAUGUGAUCAUCGGGUCAAACAGGGAUCUGUGAAGCAAGGAACCAUUACAGUACAGAGACACCUCGCGAGGGGUUGUCAACGUAAUCUCAUCAAGUUACAUGAUAACACAGCAAGAAUUUUGCUAAGCGGGUGGUUAGGUUGGACUCAAUAUGUGAAUGCAACGGCAGGCCCACCUUCUUAGCGGUCUUGUAAAACAUCUUACUCUGUGCAGAGAGUGCAUUGGAUCGUUCCACCAGGUUAUCGAGCUUUUCUCCGCGUUGCAGUACCGACUCUAUCGUCUUGUGCUGAUGGAAUGACAAUUAUGAGUAUGGAUGUUAAAAGGAAGUAUUCGGGGGCACAAACCAAAAC